GGCGGCAGCCGAGGGGGUCCUGAACCAGAGCCGGAAGCCGGAGGGUCCCCCCAGGGCCUGGUUCCCGGCAUCGUGGGCGCCGUGGUCGCCGCCCUGGCCGGCGCGGUGUCGAGCUUCGUGGCCUAUCAGAAGCGGCGGCUGUGCUUCCGGGAGAGCGGCCCCGCCCCCGUGUAGCCGGUUCCGCCCAGUGACGACUCCCGUGAUGCUCGGCGGAGAGGAAGAACCCGAGGCCACGCCCUCAUGCGCGUGACGUCAGCGCUCUGACAUCUCCGGGCUCCGCCCCCAAUCCCGGGGCCAGGGCCCCAGGCCCUCAUUUGCAUAUGCAAAUCGCCAAAGCCUUAACCCUGCCGCUCAUUUGCAUAAGGAGCGCUCUGAGGGGCGGGGCCUGUGGUGCCAAUCAGAGCCGGGGGCUCAUCCGCAUGGCCACGCCCCCCGCGCAGCCCGCGCCGGCUCAUUUACAUAUCAGGAAAUGAAAAAGUCCUGGUGCUUUCGGGGGCGGAGCCUCGGUUCCGGCCCCGCCCAGCUCAUUUGCCUGUGGGGAAUCCCCGCCAGCUCAUUUGCAUAUCUGAUGCUCAGCCCCGCCCCCGCGCUGCUUCCAGUGCCUCAUUAGCAUAUCCGCACUGACGUCGGGGGCGGGGCCUGCGGCUUCUGCCCAUCACUAGGGACCCCGCCCCUCAUUUGCUUCCCGCUGCUGCCUUAACGUAAUGGGCGGGGCCGUGACGUCAGGAGCGUGGCGGCCCCUGCGGGAGACCCCGGUGCCAAUAAAAUAAAAACCCGGAAUAAAC